CGUCAAUAACUCGAACGAUCAAACCUUAUCUAUUGUUUUUUUUACUUGGCUUUUCUUUUUAUUCCGUCCGAUCAUUUCCACGAUGACACUCGGUGACUUCUUUGGUAUCGAGUUUCAUCGAAUUUCCUUGUACGAACGAUUGAGUCAUUCCGGGACAGUGGACGCUGGAUUUAUUUUCACGCAUAUUUUUAACGAUACCGAAUCGUUUACCGUGGUAAAUCGACACAGUUGUUUUCGCUGUGUCGCGAUCGUUUUGAUGCGAACAACGAAUCGACUUGGGAAUGGACGUUUUAUUUGGACGUUUCGAUGCUGAGAAAAAAUUCGAAAGGAAACAUUAUUUUUAGAACGUCGACGAACUAUAUUUUACGAAAAUAUGUGAGAUUCUUCACGGUUUUGUGAUAUACGGAUGCGUAAAAAUAAACAAGUAUUUAAGGGUGAAAGUAUCUCGUAAUAUCGUCAGAAAUAUUUUUAUCCCAGCGUACUGUGAUUUCAAGCUGUUUAUAAGAGGAUACGAAAAAAUAUGAGAAACCUAAAAUAGAUGCCCGGGAGUAUUGUCUCUUGCGACGUUUUGUAUUUGCAAACGUGCUGUUCGUUGCAUAAAGUGGCUUACAGUUCCCUAUAUAUUCCUCGGGAAUAACAAGGUCAAUGCGUAUAGAUGCAUUCGAAAGACGAGUAAAAUGCAAUAAAAUGAACGCUACGAUAAAAUUUAAUCAGAUUUGUUACUUCUAUUUGUCCGCGUUACGGUGCAGAUGUUUAAAUUUGCAUCAACUUUCACAAUCUCCUCGAUGCGAAGAGCAUUCUCUCGAAUAGGUAAAUUAAUGGUUAAAAGACUGCAUAGUUGAUAGAAACGUUCGAAUAAGUUAAUUUCCAUGUAACUGGUUCUAUAUAAAAAUAAACGAAAUAUCUGUAAUUUAAUGGUAAGAGUAUUCGAGUGAACGAGGGUAUUCGAAUCGAUGCAGCGGAUCAAGAAUCUCGCGUUUCUAUGCAUUUCUGUAAUGUCGCGAAAAUCUCGUGAUACCAUCGGAGCGAAGCACGCGUUCUCCACAUUGCAAAAAUAGGUUAUCUUUCUACGCCGCGUUUCACUCCGUACUUUCGUCCUGGCAGGCAACUGGUACAACACGUUCUGCUGGUGCAGCGUACGGGAGAGAAGAAAAAAGAAGUAUAGUUGUUUCAUCGAAUUCGAGAGAUUAAAGAGUUGUGUGUUCGGUAAACCGCGUGGUAGAAGAGACUGAAAACCGAGAACGUGUGGUGUGUUGAACACGACACGAGAGAUCUCGACGUCCAAGAAGAGGGAUACCACUGUCCUUUAAACGGAAAGCGACCUUUAGAUACGACGCGGAAACCAUUGAUAAAAGGGAUAAUCCGUUUGAUGGCGUAAACUCUUGGGACAACGUACGAAACGAGGGGAAGGAGGAUGACAGUGUGCUUGGGACAGGGUUGCGAUGAGAUAUCAUGGAUAUCUCCUACGAGAAACUCUCUGAUUCCACGGUUGAUCAUCGUCUGAUAGAACUUGUACAAAUCUCUUCAGACGUGGCUCUCAUGUGUUCAUAACAAUGAAAGCGGUGUGCAUGACUUGAAUCAGGUUAAGUCCUACUGUAUGCGUUCGCAUCGUUGUCCUAAAAGAAGUUUUCAUUUUUAAUAUUGUUUAAACGCUACCGGAAGGAACACCUUUCUUUUUUAUUCGAGAACGGAAUUCAUUUUCCGUUUCGCUUCAAAUUUUACAAAUACACAUAUUUCCGUUACACGAUACUAGAGACAAGAAAAAUUCAAUUUAAAAUUGAAUGUAAUCUAUACACAACCGACGGUGAAACGACAAGUGCAAACGGUCGACGUGAACGAAGUGAACAAGAUGUAUUGUACAAUGUUUUGAAUACUACUGAUGAAUAUAUUAACAGUUAUUUCAAUCUUGCUAUAAUUUUUCCUUGAAAGGUAAUGCUUGUUGAAUACGUAGUUUUAAUAUCACCAUAAUAAAUUAUAACAGUUUUGUUUAUUAUUAUAUUUGAGCACAAACAACGUGUUUGUUAGUGUUAGGUAAGAAUUUCAAGCAAUACUGAUUUAUUUUUCCAAGCAUGGCACUAUUGAAAUAUUGUAUGUUUGUACCUUAUUUGUUUAUUAGUUGUUCAUUUCUCUAUUAUACUUCAUUGAGUGCAUUGUGAAUAAGGUAAAAUCGUUUUAGGUGAAAUUCGUGCUAUUUAUAACAUAAAUUUUAAUCACUGUUAUAUUUACUGACUCAGAGAUCAAGCUUAUUUACAAAAAUCCAUUGAUAAAAUCCUUAGUUUCUCUUAAGAUUAAAGCUUUAUCCGUUGAACGAUUGGUAUUAAAUAAUUCUCUUGAAUACCUAUAAUCUUAUUGUGUUUGUAUCGAAUGCCAUGUUAUUUACAUUUAAAAGCGACUUGUGAGAAAUAGAAUAUAACAAAUGUUAAACUGUGAUGUUGUGUGGUGUAUUUUAAAUACAGUGUUCGUGCCAUUCCUUUCAUAUGCGAGACAUUGGCCACAGUUAAUGCCUUGUGAGCAUUUUCUUGAGAAUUAUAGAAAUUUAGGACCUCCACAAAAAAAGUUGGCUUUUAGUUAAGUUUACAAUAUUGUAAUCUGUGGAAAUUUAUUCCAAUCAUGACAGAAAUUACUAUUCAAGAUUUACAAAAACUUCUUAUAUACUUCUCAAAAAACACUUAUCGAGCUAAGGAUGCAGAUAGUACGAGCCAGGCAAUUAUGCGAAGAUGUCUACUACUCACUGACUUAGAUUAUACUCACUCUACAAUAAACAAUAAUGGAGGUGAUCUCAGUGCACAUUAUCCUAGCCACCUUAUCAUUUUAGAAUAUGAGAAGUAUAGAAAUCCAAACAUGUGCGAUACGCCACCACCACUGCCACGCACAACAGAAACUAUAUAUGAAAGCAUGUAUGACCCCAAUAAAUUGAAGGAAUUGAUAAAGAGUGCUAGAUUUGCCAGGUGUCGCUCAAGAUUUCCACUGCCAGUAAUAUUGUAUAAAGGUAGACAUGUCUGCAGAUCAGCCACAUUGUCUGGUGGACCUGAAAUUUAUGGUAGAUCUGGGCUAGAUUAUUUAUUUGCUGGUAGUGAAGGCAUAGUCUCGAUUCAACAACAAGUAGAUGAAGCUCGAGGAGGUGAUUCUGUACUUAGCGACUGGCAAUUGUUUGAUAAAGUUAGGCAUCAAGAUAUCAAACUCCUGAAAACACUUAAUGUAGGAACUAUUAUCGAUUUCAUGGUCGAGAAGAAGAAGGUCAAGUUUGGAAUGAAUGUGACUUCCUCAGAGAAAGUAGAUAAAGAGAAAAGGUACUCAGACUUCACUCUAAUUUCACUGCCAUAUCCUGGAUGUGAAUUCUUCAGGGAGUUUAGAGAAAAUGAUUAUCUGGCUAAAGGUUUAGUAUUCGAUUGGUCUCAGACUCACGUAGAUGCACAAAUUGGAGUGCCUGAAGAUUCAAUUUCUAAUCAGUUACGGAUCAGUUGGGAACAAUACCAAGUCUGGGAUCUAGUCGAGUUAACUCAAAAUUAUUUAAAACUCAUAUUAAGAUACUUGAGUGAUAGUAGUAAUGGCAUAUUGAUACAUUGUAUUUCAGGAUGGGAUCGCACACCGUUAUUUAUUUCACUAUUGAGGAUAAGUUUGUGGGCUGAUGGUGCAAUACAUACGUCCCUAAGUGCUUUUCAAAUACUUUAUUACACAAUAGCAUACGACUGGAUGUUAUUUGGUCAUGAUUUGGAAGAUCGACUAAGCAAAGGAGAAGAAAUAUUUUUCUUUUGUUUUUAUUUUCUGAAGCACAUUCAUGACGAAGAAUUCAGCAUUCAUCCACGUCACAACAGGUCCAGACAUACGGUUCUACGUAACGAUAGUGAUUCACAGUUAGAUAAUGUUAUGUUUGAUAGUGAAUCAGUAGUGACAUUAAGUUCAGUCAGUUCUAACUUAAGUCUGAAUAGUUGGUGUAGCUCUGUUAGUCAGAAUAGCAGAGAUAGUCAAGAUAAUAAUCCACCAGCCGUGUUUCACUGUGCUUCCACGGAGAGUCAAGACGACUGUCAUAGUAAUGGGUUCGUUUAUAUUUCAUUCCUUCAUAUUUCGUUCCGACGAAUGUCCACCGAUACUUAUUAUAAUAUUUCAUAUUUCAGGAAUGUUGUACCAUGGUCAUUUUACCCCUCUCCAAAUAAGGAAGGUAUUGCUCAUGGAUCACGAUCCCCUCUUCCUCCGAAUAGAACUUCUCCCGUAGCAGUUCCUGUACCCGGACGUCUUCGACAACGAAACGAAUCUUCGUCAUCUGGUGGUUCUUGGCAGAUGAUAUCUGGGACCGGCAGUUUGCGCGGUUCCACGACUGCCAACGCUCCGCUCACAGAUGGACUAACGUCUUCUGGUUUGGUUUGCAAACCCCUUUGCGAAACUUGUACAGGACACGCGUCUCAAGAAUCAAGUACUACGAUUAUUGAGGAUGAGGCAUGCGCGUCAUUAGCACAAUCUCGCAGAGAAAAGUUACAGUGUUUAAGAAGAAUAUUUUAUAAUGCUUAUAGUCAUACCGUCGGUUUUCGAAUGAAAGAUAAUUCUGAAUCAAGCGGCUUUGGCCAGCUACUUGGUAACUUUGCCGAAAAAGUAGGAAUUCUUUCCGUUCAACGCACAUCCUUGUGACUAUGAACGUCAUUAACUUUCCCCACGAUCAUCAGUUCGUUGUUAUUGAUUCCUUGAUUCAAUUGAAAAUUUUAUAAAACGCUAUGCAAUGAGAAUGAAACAUUGUACAUUAUCGUUUAUGUGAAUAAUACAUUGUUAUACAAGGAAACGCGUGUAAGCGCUUAACAUGAAUAAAAACUUGAUAUUUUUGUAUAUAUAUAUAAAUAUAUAUAUAUAUAAAUAUAUAUAUAUUAUAUGUAUAUGUAUAAUAUUAUAUGU